AAAAAAUAAAAUAAAAAAAAAAUGCUUUAAACUGAAUAAUCCGAAACAACCCAAAGCAUCGAAAAUUUUAAAAAUUUCUAAGUAUAUGUUCGUAUAAAGCCCUAACAAGAAGAUUAAAAAAAGCAAGGAAGUAUAGUAAAAGUAAUUGAAGACACCAUAAUAUUAAGCGAUCCCGAAUACAAAUACAUUGAUUAAAAAGAAAAGUAAUUUCAAUUUGACUGUAUACUAAACUAAUACUGUACAAACCAACAAGUAUUUGAACGUUCGGUUCUUCCCUCCCUUUCUGUGCUUCUUUAAGGUUAUAAUGCCACUUUUUUCGCCUAUGGAAUAACAGGUUCGGGGAAAACACAUACUAUUUUUGGAAAAAACGGAGGUUUAGUAAAUGAUUAAGUGGAACCUUAUGAUAGGGGAAUAUGCUAUAUGGCAAUAGAACAUGUAUUAAAUAAUAUAGACAUGACCAAUACUAAACUGAAGUUUAGUUAUUUAGAAAUUUAUAACGAAAACGUGAGAGAUUUAUUAAAUGGAUAAAAUAAUUUAAAAAAUCUCAAUAUUAUUGAAGAUCCUAUAAAAAAAAACAUAUAUGUUCAAGAUUUAAAAGAAUAUUAAAUUUUUAGUAUUUAAUAAAUACAAGAGCUCAUAUAAGAAGGAAAUUCAAGACGUUCAUUAGCCUGUACAUUUGGAAAUUAAUUUUCAUCACGUUCCCAUGCAAUUCUAAUAUUUAAUAUAGUAUAAAAAUUAAACUCUGAUGCCUCCAAGCCUGAAGAAACAAUUUUCUCUAAAUUAACAAUUAUAGAUUUAGCAGGAAGUGAAAAAAUGACAUAAGAUAAAUAAGCAAAAGGAAUAUUAGAAGGUUCUAAUAUAAAUAAAAGUCUUUUAGCCUUAGGAAAUUGCAUAAACAUAUUAUCUGAUAGAAAAAAAGCUACAGGAACUCAUAUUCCAUAUAGAGAUUCUAAACUGACUAGAAUUUUGAAAGAUUCAUUAGGUGGAAACACGAAAACAAUAAUGAUUGCGUGUAUUUCUUAAAAUUAUUUAUGUAUAGAUGAGACUUUAAAUACAUUGACAUAUGCAUAAAGGGCUACAAAUAUAAAAAGAAAAAUAAUUAAAAAUAUUUAAAUAGAAUAUGGUAGUUUCGAAUAAAUGGAAUAUAUAAAAAGUUUGGAAAAACAAGUUUGUUUUUAUAAAGAGAAAAUGACUGGAUACCAACCAAUUAUUAAUGUGAGUAAUUAAAAUUUAGAAAGAAAAGAAGUCGAAGAAUAAAUUAAAGAAAUAGAAAAAUAAUUAGAAAACUGUUAAGAUAGUGAAGAAGAAUUUUUAAAUAGAUUAUGUAAUGAUUUAUAUUAAAAUAUAGAAGAAAAUUAUUAAUUGGUGAGCAGUUUAAAAGAAAUCGAUUAGAUUUUAGUUUAGGAUUAUGCAUAGCUUGAUUAAUAUUAAAAAAGUUAAAAUAUGUAACAUAUAGUGGAAUAAAUUUAAAGUUCUAUU